AAUGAAUGCAGCCUACUAACAAUGUAGAAAGGACGAUUUUGCAUGAACCGAGAACUUCUUCAGAUUUCUAACAAGCACAUUAUGUCGUCUAUAAUAUGGAGACAGUUGUCUACAUUUUCAUCAGGAUCUCGCUGAAAAUUAGUUUUUUGUCAAGGCAACAAACUAGAUUUCGCCACCCCCUCGUGGUUCCAGUCACUCCUCACAGUCCUGUCUUGGAGGGCUGGUUAGGAGGUCCUUUUUCGUGUUAGAUUCACAACUAGCAAUGAUGCUUCGACAUUUUCUAAAUGCGAGGUAAACUGUUGCUAACGUUACAUAUCAAUGUAAGAAGCGGAGGGCCACUUUAACGAAUGCAUCAAUCAAACAUUAAUUUAAGCCAGUGAGAUUGGAAUUUGAAGACGGAGCCCAUCCGACCCUUUCCCCUGAACCUGGAUAUCGGAAUGGUGGCUUGGAGCACCGAUAAUCUGGACACUUCCGGGGAGCCCACUACCCGCUCCGUGGGCACCACUGCCAACUUGAAGGGGAAGAUGAGUAAGAGGCUGUCUGUUGUGAAAGGCCACUUCCCUAAGCUCGUUGACUGUGCCCACUUCCACUAUGACAAUGUGGAGUUUGGCUCCAUCCAGUUGCAGUUUGCGAACGAGCAGAGCGAUGCCAGCUGGAUCUCGGGCUCUGCCAAAGACCUGGUUUUCCUGGUGCAGGUGUCCUGCCAGGCUAAGACGUGGAUGGUUCGGCGCUCCUAUGAGGAGUUCCGUACUCUGGACGCUCACCUCCACCAGUGUAUCUACGACCGGCGUUACUCCCAGCUGCUGCCCCUGCCACCCCUCAGCGAGAUCGGGGACAGGGUAGAGAUCUUCACCCCGCUGCUGUCGGAGUACCUGAGCCGCCUCUCCAUGAUCGUGGACAACAAGCUCAACUGUGGGCCUGUGCUCAGCUGGAUGGAGAUUGACAACCGUGGGAAUCGGUUCCUCCUGAAAGAGGAAGCUUCGCUCAACGUUCCCGCCAUCGCCGCUGCUCAUGUCAUCAAGCGCUACACGGCGCAGGCCAGCGACGAGAUCUCCAUUGAGGUGGGAGAUAUCCUGUCUGUAAUUGAUAUGCCACCCAAAGAGGACUCCAACUGGUGGAGGGGGAAGCAUGGCUUCCAGGUGGGCUUCUUCCCCAGUGAGUGUGUGGAGCUCAUCAGCGAGAAGCCUCAGUCCACCGCUAAAAUAGAUGGAGAUCCAGCCAACUCCAGCGCACCAGGACCUCCCUCUCCUACAUCCGUUUCUAAGAAGCACGGCAAGCUGAUGGGAUUCCUGCGCACCUUUAUGAAGUCCAGGCCCACCAAGCAGAAGCUCAAACAGAGAGGCAUUCUUAAGGAGAGGGUGUUCGGCUGUGACCUGGGAGAGCACCUGCUCAACUCAGGACUGGACGUUCCACAGGUUCUGAAGAGCUGCUCAGAGUUCAUAGAGAAGCAUGGUGUGGUGGACGGCAUCUACAGGCACUCUGGAGUCUCCUCCAACAUUCAGAAACUCCGACAUGAGUUUGACAGUGAGAACGUUCCAGACCUGACCAAGGAUAUGUACAUGCAGGACAUCCACUGUGUGGGGUCCCUGUGUAAGCUCUACUUCAGAGAGCUMCCCAACCCCCUGCUCACCUACCAGCUCUACGACAAGUUUGCUGACUGUAUGGGAGAGAUGACGGACGACGAGCGCAUGGUUAAAGUACAUGAUGUCAUCCAGCAGCUCCCACCACCACACUACAGGACCCUGGAGUACCUCAUUAGACACCUGGCUGGUCUGGCCACCUGCAGCGGAGAGACCAACAUGCACAUCAAGAACCUGGCCAUCGUCUGGGCCCCCAACCUGCUCAGGUCUAUGGCGAUCGAGGCGGUGGGUCUGAGUGGUGCUGACCCGUUUAAGGAGGUGCGGAUCCAGUCUGUGGUGGUGGAGUUUCUCCUCGGUCACGUGGACGUGCUCUUCAGUGACUCCUUCACCUCUGUAGGACGCUUCACAGGCACAGCAACGGGCAAGCUGGAGUGUAAGGUCUCUCGGCAGCACCAGAGAACCAGGCUGGUGAGUCUGCAGGAGGCCAGGGGUGAGGAGGAGGGCCUCGCUACGUUGACUGCCAAAAGAGGGUGA